GCGAGACGCUCGCACAGCGAAGCUAAUCGAAGGAAGAGGAGCUGUGGACCGCGUGCAUACUCGUCAAUCACCUCCGGACCCCACCUGCAGUGACAAUACAUGCUCCACUAAACGCCACGCCAAGCCGCCUCCACUUGAGCUGACAGCUGAGCAGCGUUCAAACUUCAAACAAUCAAACGAGAGGGGAAAACCCUAGACGAGCCCCCCUUGCAACGGUCAGAUCCAUUCCUAUAUAGUAUUCCUCCGCCGCCAACCUCCUGAGCAUCCCAUAUCUGUGUGUGCUCAAUUCGCCAUCCACAAAAUCACUGCACCCGAUCAUCGUAUCAGGAGGAGAAGGUAAGAGACGUGAGGGAGAUGGAGGCGGCGACGGCCAUGGAUUUCCACACGCUCUCGCGCCGGGAGCUCCAGGCGCUGUGCAAGCGCAACGGCGUCCGCGCCAACAUGACCAACGCCGCCAUGGCCGAGGCGCUGCAGGGCCUAACCUCGGUCGACGGGGUCGACGAGAUCGGCACGACUCUCUGUCUGCCGACGGCGACGCCAGGAAGGUCGGCGAUGAAGUCGGCGGCGAAGAUGGUGGCCGUCGAGGAGCAGCAGCACGGUAGCCCGCUCCCCCGCGGCCGCCGCGUAUCGGUAAAAUCACCAGAGGCCAUCCGGAUGGAGGUUGGAGGAGAGGACGAGAUGAAGGAGAACGUGAAGACUCCCGGCGUGGUGCUGCGCAGCACUCGCCGCGGUAUUCGGGCCACACCCGCGCCUCUUCCUACUCCGGUUCCGGCGUCCAGUGCGCGCGCAACAGCGAGGAGGACUGCCGUUCGUAGGACGGGCGAGGUGGCGCCGACCCCAGCCACCCGGAGGAGGGCGGCCUCUCGCAAAGCCGCGGGGGCAGUGGAGGUGGACCGCCCCGCCGAAGAUGUAUCCGAGGACAAGACAUCGAAGAUGACGAGAGCUUUGGAUCAGGAAGCCGAGGUGGUGGCGGUCGCAUCAAAAGAGGAGAAGGGGCAGCAAGACGAACCGAGAGCUGCUCUCUCGGAUGUGAAAUGUGAUGACCCAAAGGGGGAGGAGAAGGUGCAGCAAGAGGAACCAAAAGCCGUGGUCUUGGAUGUGAAAUGUGAUGGCCCAGAGCAGGAGGAAGUUGUCCAGUUUUUGGAAGGGGACAACAAAGUGGAGGAAGUGGAGGAGGGUGAGGAAGUUGAUUCUUCUGAUGCAACCACAGGGUCUGCAGCUGUUUUGGGUAAGAGCUGCAAUGAUCCUAAGGUGGAGGAAGUGGUGGUUGUCAUGGAGGAACAGUUCACAGAGCCCCAUGAAGGAAUUGUGAAAGAGCAGGAACCUAUCAGUGUUGAGAGAUCUGCUUCAGUGGAAGUCAUGGAUGAUUCACCAAUCCUAGGUGUGAUUGAGAAGAAACAGGAUGCCUCAGUUGAAGAUUGUGAGGACUUGGCUGAGUUCUCACCUGCAAGGGAGAUGACUGAUGAGGCCAUUCCUGUUACUGAAGAUAAGGAAGUGGCCAUCAGUGAGGAGUCUGUUACUGAAGAUAAUGAAGUGGCAAUCAGUGAGGAGGCUGUUACUGAAGAUAAGGAAGUGGCCAUCAGUGAGGAGGCUGUUACUGAAGAUAAGGAAGUGGCCAUCAGUGAGGAGGCUGUUACUGAAGAUAAGGAAGUGGCCAUCAAUGAGGAGGCUGUUACUGAAGAUAAGGAAGUGGCCAUCAGUGAGGAGGCCAUCGAGGAAGAUGGUUUUGCUAACACUGUUGAGACUGAUCCUACCCCAAAGGAGAUUCUUCUGACUGAAGGUGAAAUCAUACUCAUUGAAGGCAAAGAAGGUGCUGCUAAUGAGAUGCCACAGGCUGGUGAGACCAGUGAAGAAGAUGAGGAAGAUUACCUUGCUGAAUUGAAAGAAGGGGCUGCUGAUCAGGUGCUGCAGGCUGAGCUGGCAGACAAUGAAACAAGUAAAGAAGAUGAAGAUGACCUAAGUGAAAAGAGAGAAGGGACUGCUGCUAAGAUGCUGCAGGGUGAACUGACGGACGAUGAGACCAGCGAAGAAGACGAUCUCGAUGAAGAUGAGGAAUGGGUUUCAGAUGAUGAUGAGAACACCGAGGAAGAUUACCUUGCUGAAUUGAAAGAAGGGGUUGCUGAUCAGGUGCUGCAGGCUGAGCUGGCAAACAAUGAAACAGGUGAAGAAGAUGAAGAUGCCCUAAGUGAAGAGAGAGAAGGGACUGCUGCUAAGAUGCUGCAGGGUGAACCGACAGACGAUGAGACCAGUGAAGAAGACGAUCUCGAUGAAGAUGAGGGAUGGGCUUCAGAUGAUGAUGAGAACACUGAGGAAAUUGGCUCUACUGACGAGACCGAUGAAGAUCCUGAUGAGACCAAUGAGGAGAGUUACACCUCUGAUGCAGUCCAAAUGAUGCAGGGAUCUGGGAUAGCUGAAGAUGCCAACGAAGAUGCCUCUACUGAAGAUGAUGAUUUCAGUGGCGACCUACCACCAGAGUUUGAAAAUAUCAUGAUAUUCAGUGGUGCUGAAACCGAGAGUGACAUUGCUCCUCCAGUGCUCGAGGAAAACAAGGAUGCUGUUGUAUCUGCAACAAAAACUGCAAAGUCCCUGGAUGAUUCUGCCUUAAAAACAGGGCAGGAGGAGGAGGGUCCUGAAGAGGUUGACAACGUUGUGAAGUCCCUGGAUGAAGAGGUAGAAUCAAAGGAGAUGCAGAAGCAGCAACCACAGGAUUAUAAUAGCAUGAGCCUCAGGAAGCUUAAAGCCACACACAAGAAAUAUCUCAUUGCUGCAAAGGAGGAGGUCACCGAAGGGAAGAGGCUUCCUCUCGAGGAGGUGGAUGAAAACGCCUGCAUCGACCACUGAACAGAACAAGCAGGCGAAAUUUUGUGUGGAUGGCGUCUGCCACAAAAGGAUUGAAACGCGGAGUGUGCUCUGGUUGUGAAGUGAUAACUAGGCUACCGCAUGUUCAUUUUCAAAAGUUUUCGUGUGUGAUCGUGAUCAGGGGUGAAACCAUGGUUUCAGCCAACAAACUUGCAGUUCCUGUUGCUUCUCCCCCUUUUUUCCUUUAUAUAUAUAUUUUGUAUCGGUUACAGAACAUGGUUUAUCCAGUGAAGAUGCUAAGUUUCGCUUAAUAAUGUAUAUGAAGGUCCUGGAUACCUCAAAUUUUGUUCAUGUUGAACCAGUGCGAAGUUAUAGAAACGCUUCAAAGUUCAAAUAGCA